AUGUCGCUGCGCACCUUCUUCGACGACUCCUCUCGCCUCGAGCGACCAGCUCGCCUGGCCAAGAGUCGACGCGCCACGCUCAUUGGCGCCUCGUCUUAUCUGGAUCAAACCGCAGGCGAAGGUCUGCGUCGCAGCGUCUUGCUUCGCAACGCCAUUGCCAGAACGCGCGAGCAAGAGCAGUUGCCAGCUUUUAAUCAAGAGUCAAGCUACGAUCGGCUGCCAGAGGUCACUACUUUCGACUACGACUAUGAAGCGUUGGAGGAUGAAGCUGGAGAUGAAGAGCGUGAGCGCAGGCUUGACCAGCUAGCUUGGCUGGACGAAUCUCACGAUGCAUCCGUCGAUAACUCGACGCUCGAUGAAGGGGAAGACGAUGAAGCGCGUUUCUUUGAUGAUCUGCUCGAAGAGCUCGGGUCUACGAAUCACUCGCCGCCUAUAUUUGGCUCUGGUUCCGGUGCCUUCUCGACUUCACUCUCGUCGUGGAUCUCUUCGGACGUCUCUUCAUGCGAAGACAUUCAUUGCGAUUGUCAAUCGUUGAGUGGUGAACAUGUAGCGACAGCUUGCACAUCUUCCAUCGAAACGCUCCCAAGCUUGAUCGAGGAUGACGCGGAGAGCGAUGAGGCUUCGGACAGCGAGGAUGAAUCGACGUCGGUGACUCUUGAUGGUGGAAGCGUGAUCGCUUCUAAAUCGGACGACGCUCAACUACAGCAACACAAUCAGCUACCAAAGCCUGGCAAACGUACCUUUGCAGAACCUCAACACAAGGCUCGUGGGCAAGAUGCCCUAGCUUCACGCUUCUCUACUUCGACAACCUACAAUGUCGACUUGGAUCGAAUGCUUUCGAUGCAUCCUCUUGCUUGA